AAGGGAAGAAGAGAUAUGACGGAAUACGAUGAUCGCAGCUGUGCGUCAAAUAUGUUACCGAGCUGCACUUAUUACGUUUCGACGCCCGAUUUUACAUCAGUCUCCUCCUUUUUACCGCAGACCACUUCGUGUCAGAUUAAUUUCCCAUAUUCUCCCAACAUAGCUCAAGUCCAACCUGUUCGAGAAGUCGCUUAUAGGGAUUAUGGACUGGACCAUCCCAAAUGGCACUACAGGGGCAAUUACGCGUCCUACUACUCCACGGACGAGAUAAUGCACCGGGACUUGAUCCAGUCCUCGAGCAGCAGGGCGGAUGUAAUUUUCAAAAACGAGUCCUUGUACGGCCACCACGGCGGGACCAGCUCGCCCUGCAGUUUCUUCACCGGUGUCGGCCGAAACGGGGUGCUUCCCCAGGGCUUCGACCAGUUUCUUGACACGCCUAACUCGGACAAGCCCAACGCGGAGCUCCCCAAACAAAAGACAGACUCUGCCGUGCCCGGUGAUGCUGCGAAUAACAAUCAGGCUUUAACCAAACUGGAGCAGCACAAAGCUGAGCCGACCGGGAGCAUGGACGAGGACUCAUCCUCCAACUGCGGCGACAAGAACAACCAGCAAAGUUCAUCAACCAAGUCCAGGAAGAAGAGGUGUCCUUACUCCAAAUACCAAAUCCGAGAACUUGAACGAGUUUUCUUCAACGUGUACAUUAACAAAGAGAAGCGUCUGCAGCUGUCCAGGAUGUUAAACCUGACAGAUCGGCAGGUGAAGAUCUGGUUUCAGAAUAGAAGAAUGAAAGAGAAAAAGCUCAACCGCGACCGCCUACAGUAUUUCACUGGGAAUCCUUUAUUCUGA